CAAUGAUAUUUGGCCUUUUCACUCUGAUCUCAGCCUCUUUUUGCCUCAACAUCCCUGAAUAUCCUCAAACAAAAUGAUUGAAAAAGGGGAAAAAAAUGAAAACCAAGUUUUUAUUGGGAAUAUGGAUAAUUCUCAAACAGUCACCAGCAAGUGCAUUCCCAGCAUCUGGAAAAAAAUAAAUGUAUUGAUUUCCAUUUUUGUUUUAAUAACUCUGGCAAUGAUUUUUUUCUUUUGCUAUUUUGGGCCCCAAUGUAAGGCACAACAUGUUUGCUACAUCCAUGCCAACAUGGAAAACUAUUCAUCUCCUUGGUGGUCAUGGAACAAUGAGAACUGCUCAGCAAAGCUUGUUGGAAACCAGAAUCAAGUGAAGAUAUAUAGAAGAGGAUUUUAUAUGAUGCAUAUCCAAGUUUACUACAGUUUGGAAAAUCAAGAUAAUACAUUGCCAGAAAUCUUCAGUAUACAUUUGAUUGUUGGGAACAAGCCAGAGAAGAGAAUGAUAUCAAGUGGUUUACCUUUCGGCAUUAAUAUAACAUAUGCCGCACCACUAACCAUUGUUUCGCCAUUUCUUCUAGAAGAAGGGGACAUAUUAGAAUUGAAAAUUAAUUUUAACACUUCAAAAAUUGAAAGAAAAAAAGAAAAAACUUUUUGGCAUAUAUAUCAAAUGAUGGACCUCCAGGAGGUAUAAGUUAGAACUGGGAAAUAUUAAUCACCUUUUGUAAAAAUAUAUGUACAUCUGGGAAUCAGGAUUCUCAAGUCAUUUAAGUCAUAUGAUUGUAUCAUAAGCUCAUGCAACACAUUUUACAUUGUUAGCGAUACUAGCAGUAUUGCAAAUUGACCAACCAAAAACACAAAGCAAUGGACAACAAUCUACUGGUUGAAGCAUGAUACUAUUGUUAUUAUAGUAUAUUGCUGAAAUCAAUGUAAGAAUGUGUUUAUUGUACCCUUUUAUUAUUUUAUUUGUAAUAUAUGCUCUUUAAAUAUAAAUAUAUGUAUGCAAAUAUAUAAUAGAUAUAGAUAGAUAGAUAGAUAGAUAGAUAGAUAGAUAGAUAGAUAGAUAGAUAGAUUAAACAAAAGCUGUAUGUAAUUUCAAAUGCAUUUACUUUUUUAUUUAAAUUAUUCAUUAAAAAUGGAUUCUGGGAAUUUGAUUUUUAAGUUAUUUAAAAUAUGGAUUUCUCAGGGAACCUUUGAUAUAUAAAUGUUUUGUGAUUGUUUGCAUAUAUAGAUUCUCCUGAGGACUAGAGUUUUAGACUCCUGGAGUUCAAUUUUAUUCUAUACUGAGUCUAAGUUACUGAUAUUUAUUAGUUAAUAAAUAUUGUUCUAAAACUAAACUCCAGUCAUUCACAUUUAUAUAUAAGAAACAAUUAUAUAUAUUAAAACAUAAUACACAUGCUGUAUAUAUUAAUAUGUUAUAGUAAAUGAGUAGCUCUCAAUAAUUGUAUUAACAUGUAUGACUAAAUUUCCCGCCACAUGUUUGGAGUUGGAUUGGUUUAAAAAAAUAUAAAAAAAA